AUGGCCCAUUCGUUAUCUCCAGAAUGCACGCCGUUGAAGCACGAAUAUGAUGCCUGCUUCAAUACUUGGUUUGAGGGCUACCUCGAACCAGCUAUUGCCAACGCCAAUACCAAGGGACACUCACAAAGUCAAAGAAUUGAGUACUCAAAGCUAAAGAAGGAAGAAUACGAUCGUAAAUGUGGGAGCAUCUGGGCGAAAUAUAAAGAUUGCGUGCAGAAAGCUGUCACAGAGAAAGGUCUGGGCGAGCUACUUAGCCAAGCACGGCAAGAGAACCCGCUUCGCGAACCGCCC